AUUAUUUAUUUAAGAAAAAAAAUAAUUUAAGGACUCUUUUUUUAGUAUUUUAGCCUUGAAUCAACAAACAUAAGUUCAGGCAUUUUAUAAUGCUAAUUAGCAGGAGUUGAUGCUAGUGAUGCUGAUUUUACAGAGGCUCUGAGGGUUGACUUCACUGGAGUUAUUAGGGUGUGAUUGCAGAUCAUUGACCAAGGGUGAUGGCUGAUUUCUCUGCUUAAUUUCCUUGAUAAAAUAUAUUGUAAGCAACAAAAUUCUUGUCCGGCCAUCCAUUCCCUUCUUUCAAAUAACCUACAACAACAAUAAAAUUAAAAAAAAAAAAAAAAAAAAAAGACUCCCAAAGAAAAGGAGGGUUAUUGUGGAAUUGCAAAGCUCCUCCGGAAGCCCUACGAAGCCAGCUUUAAUCUCUCUAUAUAAAUCUAAAUCGUAUCAUCACUUCUUUCAUCUUUGCCUCUCGAUCUCUCUAUAUCUCGUUUUCCGUCCCUCUUUGUGUGUCCUCUGUUUUAUCAACCAUGCCUGCUCAAGCUAUUCCUGAGAAAAUAAUUCAGGGAGUCGACUUCCUAGAGAAAAAUACCAUCUCUCAACUCUCACAAAGAAGGCUUGAGGAAAAAGUUGCGAUUAUAACAGGCGGUGCCAGAGGGAUUGGAGAGGCCACAGUAAGACUUUUUGUGAUGCACGGAGCCAAAGUUGUAAUUGCUGAUAUUGCCGAUGCUGCUGGCAUUGCUUUAGCUAACUCUUUGGCCCCUUCAGCAGCAUAUGUACACUGUGAUGUAAGCUCAGAGAAGGACAUAGAAAUGUUGAUCAAUAAAACAAUUUCACUAUUUGGCAAACUUGACAUUCUGUUCAACAAUGCCGGAGUUCUUGGGAAUCAAUCCAAGAGGAAGAGUAUAAUUGAAUUUGAUGCCGAUGAGUUUGAUCGUGUAAUGCAAGUGAAUGUCAGAGGAGCCGCGCUUGGAAUGAAGCACGCGGCGAAAGUAAUGGUGCAAACAAAAAGUGGCUGCAUAAUUUCCACGGCAAGUGUAGCAGGUUUAAUGGGAGGGCUUGGGCCACAUACUUACACGGCUUCAAAACAUGCCAUUAUAGGGCUUACAAAGAACACUGCUUGCGAGUUAGGCCGGCAUGGCAUCAGGGUUAACUGCAUUUCUCCCUUUGGGGUGGCCACUUCCAUGCUUAUUAAUGCAUGGAGAAGUUGUGAAGUAGAUGAGGAAUGCACGGAUUUGGAAGCAGAGAAGAUGGAGGAAUAUGUGGGAGGAUUAGCCAAUCUAAAGGGUGUGACUCUAAAAGCUAAAGACGUUGCUGAGGCCGCUCUUUAUCUGGCUAGUGUAGAGUCCAAGUACAUCAGUGGUCAUAACCUUGUCGUGGAUGGUGGCUUCACGAGCUCAAAAAAUUGUGUAGGCUUGUAGGUGUGACCGUCCAUUUUCGUUUCUUUUUUUAUUUGAUUAGUGAUUGUCGAGCAACGCAAGAAUGUAUAUAAAGCAAAGUACAACAAAAAUGCUAGUAGUCUUUUUGUAUCAUUUAAUGACCUUUUUCAAUGUCACACCCUCUUCAAUGA